AUGGCAAGACGGCGGCGACUGAAGACGAGCGAGCUCGAACAUUUUAUACAUAUGUCCAAGCACAAAUAUAAGACGCAGCGAAAAGCCCUGAAAGGACUGUUUAGGGAAGAUUCCUUUCGCAUUGAACCUAAUGUUAAAAUGGCGGACAGGUCUAUCUUUAAGUAUUGGAAAAACAGAAUGUCUCUGUUCUCGCAAAUGCAAUGCAAGGAUCUGUAUAUGACGCGGGAGCUGUGGUACAGCGUAACGCCCGAAACGGUUGCAAAAUUUGCCGCAAGAUUUAUCAAGAGUUGUUUGCCGGAAGCUCAAGUGAUUCUUGACGUAUACUGUGGAGGAGGCGGUAACACAAUACAGCUUGCACAAUAUUUCCCCAAAGUGUAUGGCGUGGACAACUCUCUAGAGCAUUUAUAUUGCACGUAUCGUAACGCACAGGCUUACAACGUGGAAGAUCGAAUUUGGCUCAAGUACGGAGAUUGGCCAACACUUAGCCGAAAACGGCGGUUCGAGAAACUUAAAAUCGAUUGCGUAUUCUCAUCACCACCUUGGGGCGGCCCGCAAUAUCUUAAAAGUCAAGUCUACGAUUUAGAAGCGGCUCUGCUGCCGCAAGGUCUGCGAGAAACGCUUGAAGGGUUUCUUCGAGUAAGUGCAAAUGUGGUAUUGUUCCUGCCGCGAAACUCGGAUCUGGGGCAAAUUGCACAAGUGACAAGGGAGCUGUUGGGUGACAAAGCUUAUUGCAAGGUUCUUUAG